UCUUUUCAAGUCUUACGUUUCAAGAAACAUGGGGUGACACCAACUUGUGACCAUAUAUAUAAACGCCAUAGUUUCUGGCUUGUCGUAGCAACACACGGGUUGCAAUCUACACAGACUCUUCAAACUACUACUUUCCUUGUUUCCUUCCCAAUCAUAAUCAGCACAGCACAAUACCAGAUCAAAUUUUGUAACCAAAAUCCGACACCAUGGAUUUACUUAUGCAACUGAAAACCGUAAUCGAACCGUUCGGUACGACGGUCUUGUUCAUAAUUCCGGUGACGUUGGUGCUGUGGGGUUUACUGUCUCGAAUUCGCAGAAAAACGGCGCCGUAUCCCCCGGGGCCUAAAGGCCUUCCCAUCAUAGGCAACAUGAACAUGAUGGACCAGCUCACACACAAAGGCCUGGCCAAACUCGCCAAGCAAUACGGCGGCGUUUUUCACCUCCGCAUAGGGUUCCUCCCCAUGGUUGCCAUUUCAAACGCGGAAGCGGCACGUGAAGUGCUCCAAGUCCAAGACAACAUAUUCUCCAACCGCCCCGCCACCAUAGCCAUCAGGUACCUAACCUACGACCGCGCCGACAUGGCUUUCGCUCACUACGGUCCCUUCUGGCGCCAGAUGCGCAAAAUCUGCGUCAUCAAACUCUUCAGCCGCAAGCGCGCCGAGUCCUGGAACUCCGUCAGAGACGAAGUCGACACCAUCGUCCGCACCGUUGCGGCGAAUGUGGGUAACCCCGUUAACGUUGGGGAACUGGUGUUCAACCUCACAAAAAAUAUCAUCUACCGCGCCGCUUUCGGGUCCAGCUCCCGACAGGGACAAGACAAGUUCAUUUCAAUUCUUCAGGAGUUUUCCAAGUUGUUUGGGGCCUUCAAUAUUGCGGACUUUGUGCCUUGUCUCGGGUGGGUUGAUCCUCAGGGCCUGAACUUGAGACUCGUCCAGGCACGCGCCGCCUUGGAUAGCUUCAUUGAUAACAUCAUUGAGGAGCACGUGGAGAAGAAGAGGAGCGGCAAGUGUUGUGAGGAAGAAAGUGACAUGGUUGACGAGUUGCUGAAUUUUUACAGCCGACACCCCAAUUUCAGUAAUCAAUCAAACGACUUGCAGAACUCCAUCACACUCACCAAAGACAACAUCAAAGCCAUCAUCAUGGACGUGAUGUUCGGAGGGACGGAAACGGUGGCAUCAGGAAUCGAGUGGGCAAUGGCGGAGCUAAUGAGAAGCCCAGAAGACCUACGGCGCGUGCAGCAAGAACUAGCCGACGUAGUGGGCCUGGACCGGCGCAUGGAGGAAUCGGACCUCGAAAAGCUCAUCUUUCUGAAAUGCGCGGUGAAGGAGGUGCUUCGGAUGCACCCACCGAUUCCGCUUCUCCUCCACGAGACGGCAGAGGAAGCGGUGGCUUGCGGAUACCACGUACCGAAGGGUUCGCGCGUGAUGAUAAACGCGUGGGCCAUUGGAAGGGACGGGGAGUCGUGGGAGGAACCGGAAGCGUUCAAGCCGUCGCGGUUUCUGAACCCGAAUGCGCCGGAUUUCAAAGGGAGCAACUUCGAGUUCAUUCCGUUCGGGUCGGGUCGGAGAUCCUGUCCCGGAAUGCAACUGGGUCUUUACGCGCUGGAAAUGGCCGUGGCGCACUUGCUUCACUGCUUCACGUGGGAGUUACCCGAUGGGAUGAAACCCAGCGAGUUGGACAUGAGUGACGUGUUCGGACUCACCGCGCCCAUGGCGAGUCGACUCGUGGCGAUUCCAUCGAAACGUGUGUUAUGUCAUCUAUAAUGUUUUGUUAUGCAAAGAACAAAGAAAGUAGCGAAAGUGUAAUAUGAAUAUUAUAAAGAAAAAUGGUGGUGAAGUGUUUGGGGACUUUUAUUGUUUUAUUGAAUGUUUUUAUUCUCCGAUUAUACGUGGAAGAAUGUUUGGGGGAUAUUAUUAGGUUUCGUUUCAGUGUGGAUUAAUGUAAAGUAGAAUUGAUGAUGUACAACGUCAUUUUGAUCAUUCAA